AUGAGAGUGCUGGACCUGAAUAACAACAACCUCCAGGACUCAGGAGUGAAGCUUCUGUCAGCUGCAGCUUCUCACCCCAACCGGAAUGAAGCUAUUGUCGGCUGGACGGAAGAAUCCACGCUGGAGACUGGACAUUCUCAGAGACUGUGCUGGUCUGAUCCCCCUCCUCCCUUCAGGGUGGAGCCUGCUGGAGUCCGAUGGUUGAGACCAGGUCUGAGGAAGUAUUCCUGUCAACUCACAAUCAACACAAACACAGUACACACAAACCUCAAACUGUCUGACAACAACAGGAAGGUGACACAUGCUGAGGAGGUUCAAUCAUAUCCUGAUCAUCCAGACAGAUUUGAUGUUUAUGAACAGCUGCUGUGUAGAGAUGGUCUGACUGGUCGCUGUUACUGGGAGGUCGAGUGGACAGGAGACGUUGAGAUAUCGGUGAGUUCCAGAAAAAUCAGAAGGAAAGGAGACAGUACUGACUGUUUGUUUGGAUGGAAUGAUCAGUCCUGGAGUCUCAUCUGCUCUGAUGAUCGUCCUCGUUCUGUCAGGCAAAAUAAGACAGAAAGAUCCAUCUCCUCCUCCUCCUACUCUGUCUCUAACAGAGUAGCGGUGUAUGUGAACUGUCCUGCUGGCACUCUGUCCUUCUACAGAGUCUCCUCUGACACUCUGAUCCACCUCCACACCUUCAACACCACAUUCACUGAAACUCUCUAUCCUGGGUUUUGGUUCAGAUCUCCUGGUUCGUCAGUGUGUCUGUGCUGAGUGGAGUGUAAAGAAAGCCCCCAUGUUGGAGAAACACUCUGACUGUUGAGUAGAAAAGGACAUUCACAGAUCAGUCCCAAAACCACUCCUUUGUUGUAAGCAUGAUGCUGCUUCACUUUACAGAUGGUAUUGGCCAGGUGAGUGGUGUCUGGUUUCCACCAGAUGUGACUCUUGGUAUUGAGGCCAAGAGUAACAAUGAGGUCAUCCAAUCAGUGAAUGUUUUUUGACAUCUUUUGCAAGUCAUUCAGUUCCCUUUUGACAAACUGUAGACAGGCUAUCAUGUGUCUUUUACUGAGGUGUGGCUUCCAUCUGACUACUCUACCAUAAGGGCCUUGUUGGUGGAGAGCUUCGGAAAUAGUUGUCCUUCUGGAAAUCUCUUUUCUCUCCAUAGAGCAAGGCUGAAGCUCUGUCAGAGUGACCAUUGGAUUCUUAGUCUCCUACACUCAGCUCAUCUUCUACCAUUUCUCACAUUGGUUUGGCAGCCAGCUCUAGGAAGAAUCCUUCCAGACUUCUUCUAUUCACAGAUGAUGACCACCGGCUGUGCUCUCUGGGUCCUUCAGGGCUGCAGAAAUUUUUCUUUACUCUUCCCAAGAUUUUUUCCUAGAUACAGUUCUGUCUCAGUGGACUCUUAUCAAGUUGGGAAAGAUCUGAGAGAUGAUAAAUAGAUGCACCAAAACAGGAUGCAUGUGAGCUCAAUUUUUAGUGCCACAGCAAAGGCUUUACAUACUCGCCUGUGAACAAUUAAACGAAUCCAUUUUGUAAUAAGGCUGUAACAUGUGGAACAAUAUGUGGAACAAGUGAAGUGCCACUCUGUGGAAUGAUGAUGAACUUCAGUUAAAGCUUACUUCAAAUCUCAAAGGUUGAUGUUGGACAGCA